CUUAUGUGAUAUCCCAGCGAGUGCGAUAGCGAUAGUUGCAAUUAGCAAUUUGUUUUGUAUAUUCGAGUGACAUUAACAUGGAUUAAGCGUAUUUCCAAAUUUGGAGGAUCAAAGUUUUUCCAAUAGCAUAUCAGUAAUUUUUUCGUAUUGUAGUUUUUUCCUUGAGCGCGUACCGUUAUGUUCUAGUGUUUAUAAAUGUCGCUUUAUCAGCAGCAAGGACACUUUCACAUGUUUCAGAUGUUUAUUGCUGAUUAUAGAUUUUGAUCUAAUAUACUGAAUCGUGUUAUUGAUGGAAAGUUUUGUGUAUUAAUAAGAUUGAUAAUUUAAAAUGAUGCUGAUAAUGUUUUGCUUAAUUACUUAUUAACUCUACUGUGCGUUCAUAAUUCAAUCAAUAGUCAAUACAACAAUUUUCAUUCAGUCUUUAUAAUUAUUACAGUGCACCAGGCUGCUAUUUAGAUCAGAUUCCAAUACAUACUUAUUAAAUUAUUCAAUUGAUAUCUAUUUAUAUACCAUUGUAUACCUUCCUGUAUCUAUCUAAAAAUUUCGAUAAACAAAUCGGUCAUUUAAUUUGUAUAAAUCUACCCACAGAGUAUACAAAACAUUAUUAUUCUUUCAAAGCAGUCAGGUAAUUAUUGUGUGACACGAAGAACUGCUGUUAUGUAUGCUCUUAUCUGACUAAACUAACUUGACUAUUUCAUUCGCUGCGGUCGGUAUGAAGAAAAUGCAGUGUGGCUGCAAUCGCAAAAUAUAUCGGCUCCGGGAUCGUUGUAAAUCGUGCUCGAGCUGGUUUUGUUCAGCUGACUUGUAAAUCAGUCGAAUUUCUACUAUCGACGAUCGCACGAAGAAUGAUGUUUUGCAAACUCGAUCUCUGUUGGAUUUUAAGUCCGACUGUCCUCACAUGGGUAUCAGUCGAUUUCGUGUGCGGUCUACUGAUUAGGCCGAUUUCCGUGUAUAUGGGUUUGAUCAAAGAUACACAUGAUUACUUCAAUAACACAUGCAUUCUACUUCUGCACAAUUCUAAUGAGACAGGAAUUAUGGAAAGUGAACACAUGCUCUUUCUUCAGAAAUAUCUGAGCAAAAAUUCUAUACCCACCGCUGUUAUGAAUUUUCGUAUGUUCAAUGAACGAGUUGGACAAAAUUUUUAUCACAUCCAGAGACCUUUGUUCGUCCUAAUGAACGAUGCUUUAAGAGAUGAUUUUGCGCAUGAAGUGGCGUCGUGGAUCGCGAUGGAUUAUCCCACCUGGCUGGUAUUUUUCGGUAACGAGACCAGUAUUACGGAAUUUUUCUUUGAAAUUCACGUGCCAUUUGACUGUAAGUUUAUGGUGGCUCAGAGUAGUCCGAACGUAAUUGGAAGAGAGAUCAUCACUGAAGUCUAUCGAGUUGACAGAGGAAAAGAAUUGAGAUCCAACCAGUUUGGUGUAUGGGAUGUUAAGCAUGGUCUUAAGGGUCCUAAACAUGGUUUAUAUUUUAGAAGAAACGAUCUUUUUGGUCAGAAUAUACGUGUUACGUCGAUUGACGACCCUCCUCUUAGUAUGCUUCGUCGUAAUGCACAGAAUGAGAUAAUAGGAAUAGAUGGCUUUUUUGGGGAAGUAAUACUCUUAUUGCAGGAAGCAAUAAAUUGCACAUUCACCUACAAGGAGACCAAAACAUGGGGUAUGUGUUUACCAAACGGUUCGUGUUCAGGUGCAGUUGGGAUGUUGAAGAACAACGAUGUAGAUUUUGCGGCGAUGGAGUUUAUGAUGACCUCGGAAAGAUUAAAUGUUAUCGGUUUUACACAGCCUGUCUUCACACCCAAGUAUCGUAUAUAUAUUAAAAGGUCUAUGACGACUGAUUUAAAAUGGGAUGCUUACAUGGCACCAUUCUCCGGGAACAUUUGGGGCGCUAUCGUUUUUAUCAUCGUACUUUCAAGUGGAUUGAUUGUGUUCAUUCAGAAACUAUUUCCAUUCAUGUUACCGCGUCUUCAAAAUGAUUGUUUCAGAUUUAUAGAAAUUAUGAUUUUAAACUUAGGAGCGUUUUGUGCUCAAGGUAUGAAACAAUCGACGCUGGAUUCUAUAAGAAUGAUGCAGCUGGUAAUUCAUCUGUUAGCACUCGUGAUCGUAGCAGCGUAUUCCGCUUCCUUAAUUAGUCAUCUUGCUGUUAAAACGUUUGUCAUGCCUUUUACGACUAUGGACGGCCUACUGCAGGAUAAUACUUAUCGUUUUAGCGUGAUCAAAGACUCAGCUGAUUAUAAUAUUUUCCAGAACGCGUCAGAUAGAAUAAUGAAAAUGAUGUUUCGUCAGUUAAUAUUAAAAGAAACUGAUUUGCCGAGUAAUUAUUUGGAUGGCCUAGAAAGCGUUUGUAAGGAGAAAAAAUAUGCUCUUAUGGCGUUAGAUAACAUGGCAAUUGUACUGCAACAGAAAAUCAACUGCAAGUUGGAGUCGUUGGAUGUUAUAAUGCAGUGCCCCAUUUCGAUGGCUUUACAAUCAAACUACCCAUACCUUGGUAUUAUUAACAGAAAUAUUCUUUUAUUAAGAGACAGUGGAAUUCUGCAACGUUUGAUGCAGACGCAAUGGUUGCGCGACCUAAACAAAAUAAAUAACGAAUCUGGAUGGAAAUCGGUCGAGAUCAAUGACAUAGUGCCGCUACUAUUUUUAAUAAGUAUUACGUUGUUUGUCAGCUUUCUUAUCUGCGUUAUGGAACAAGUUAUCUUCAAGAUGAUUUCUGAUCACCGAAUCAAGAAAGGGAUCAAUAAACCGCGGCAGCAGGACAUAAUUAUGAUGUUACGUCGCUACGAUAAUUUCUUAACCCAGAAAUAGACAUAUCAUUCUUUUUUUUCGUAAAUAAUCAGUUGGGAUGUUAUUUACACCCUAAUUAAAAACCAUUGUUAUUAACUAUAUUGUAUUACUAAUUGUACUAUA